CGGGCCGCCAUUUUGACCGAGCAACCAUAGUGACAGGAGCCGAAGCAGCAGCUCAGGUUGUCCCCGUUUCCCCUCCCCCUUCCCUUUUCCGGCUGACUUUCCGGGCCCUGCAUUUCACAGUCCCGGUCCUGCCAUGUCCCAGAAACAAGAAGAGAACCCUGCGGAGGAGACUGGCGAGGAGAAGCAGGACACACAGGAGAAAGAAGGUGUUCUCCCCGAGAGAGCUGAGGAGGCCAAGCUAAAGGCCAAAUACCCAAGCCUAGGACAAAAGCCUGGGGGCUCCGACUUCCUCAUGAAGAGACUCCAGAAAGGGCAAAAGUACUUUGACUCAGGAGACUACAACAUGGCCAAAGCGAAGAUGAAGAACAAACAGCUGCCGAGCGCAGGGCCAGACAAGAACCUGGUGACCGGCGACCACAUCCCCACCCCACAGGACCUGCCCCAGAGAAAGUCCUCGCUCGUCACCAGCAAGCUUGCGGGUGGCCAAGUUGAAUGAUGCUGCCUGGGGCUCCACCAGAUCGUGAGACGCUGCCCACUUGGGGUCCUGUGCUGGCUCCUGCCCCUUCCUGCUUUUGCAGCCAGGGGUCAGGAGGUGGCCCAGGUGCAGGCUAGAGAGGCAGAGAUCCCUGCCCACUGGUGUCCCAGCGCACGGAGCCCCUUGGGCUGAGCACCAAGACCUUGGACUUUUUUUUGUUUUACAUUUUUUUCCAAAUAACAGUUGGGAGAAAUUUCGUUGAAAUCCCAAGGGUGGGGUUAAGGGAGUGGAGUGGAAGCUGUGGGGGGAGAUGAGCGAGGGUUUGUAGCUGAUGAAAAAGACAGUUUCCUACCGUUCUUCUUAAGCACGGGUGUGGGAUGGUUCUAAGUGAAGGGGUUGUCAGCAGACUUCGAGGUCAGCUCUGAAGAGAGAUGCAUUGUUUAAUGUGGCUAGUGACCUGGAGUCAGAGAAAAGGAAUUGUGUGCUGUAAUUUCUCUGGUUCUGCAGAGCAACCAAGGAGUCAGUGUUACUUGUUCCUUUAACAAAAGUGUUGUCCUUGAGGCAGGUUUGCUAUGGGAGAAGGGCAGUGAGUGGGGAGCCCCACAGAGCCCUGGGGAAUUUUUUCAGUAUUUGAAAUAAAACAAGAACAACAAAAAACACCCGUGGAAAAAACCAAACC